AAGGAGAGGAAGAUUUUUUAAAAAAUGCAUGCAAUUAAAUGAAUAACGAAACAGGAGCAAGCUAGCAGGAGGAGAGGAAGAAUUCUUUUUUAAAAAAUAUAUGCAUGCAAUUCAGUAAAUAAGGAAACGGGAGCAAGCAAGCAAAGAGGAGAGGAAGGAAUUUUAAAUAUAUAUAUAUAUAUGCAUGCAAUUAAUUAAGGAAUAAGGAAACAGGAGCAAGCAACCAAAGAGGAGAGGAAGGAAAAAAUUAAAAUAUACGCAUGCAAUCAAAUAAAUAAGGAAAACAGGAGCAAGCAAGCACAGAGGAGAGAGAGUCAGGGAGGCAUCCAGAGGCUAUGGCGACGCCAGGAGGAGGCUCGGCCGUCGGGGGUUCUCGCCCCCGACGAGCAGCCCUCGGCGCCCCCCGGAGCCCCCCAGGCCGCGGCCCGUCGGGGGAGCAGCAGGCGCCGCCUCCGCCCCAGCAGCAGCCGUCGCCGGCCGAGCAGAAGUUCCAGUCUCCCGCCGGGCAGGCGCCUCCGCCCCAGGGGCAGGGGCAGCAGCAGCAGCAGCAGGGACCCCCGCAGGCUCCCGGCGCCCACCCGGGCCAGGAGGACUACUCUUUCCUCCCCCUGGUGCACGACAUCAUCAAAUGCAUGGAUAAAGACAGCCAAGACGUCCACCAGGUUUUGAACGAGCUGAGGACCAAAUUCGUGGAGGUGAGGAAGGUGAUCCAGACCAUGCAGGGGAUCUCCGUGAGCCCUGAGCAGCAACAGCUGCAGCUUCAAAGCCUCCGGGAGCAAGUCAAGACCAAGAGCGAAUUGCUGCAGAAGUACAAAAGCCUCUGCAUGUUUGAGAUCCCCAAGGAUUAGGCAGGAAGAGACCCGAGGCUCUGCAAAGAGACUCCGCCGGUUCUGGAGGCGGCCGAGGGGAACUGCAGUGCCUUUUGGCACCAAAGGGAAAACAACAAUUUUGUUGCAGCGGUUCAUAAGCUGUAACACGCCGUCCUGGUGUACGUUGGUGUUUUGGUUUAGAGGCCCAGUUUCAGCAGAACGGGGAAUGUGCCUGCUGCAUUUUGCAGGUGGGUGGGACUCUCACAUUUUGUAUGCUCCUCAGCCUUAAAAAUAACUAAAAACAAAAACCCUGCACAUGGAAAACUAGAAUGUCAGGGAGAAAGAUUCCCUGACAUGCUACUUUUCUAGAAGCAAGGAGCUGGCGCUUUGUUUGCUUUUCCUCUUCAGCGGAUGUACAUUCAAUGCAAGCGACACCUUUCCACCAGUAGCCUCCACCACCCGUUGUUUGAAAUGUAUAAAACUGGGUCCAAGAGGAUGCUAGGGCAGGCUGUUACUAUUUCCCUUCAUCUCCCAGCACCUAGAAGGCAAUUACCUGCUUUCUUUUGCCGAGGGCAUCAGGAAGCAGCAGGAGAGAAAUCGGCAGACGGACAAAAUGACAAAGCACGACUCCUUUAGUAUUCCUGGAGGCUUAAGAGCAGGUGAAGUCUUCUCCUGUUUCUGGGGAAGGAAGCAGGUUGACGGCAGCCUCAGUUUACAAAUUUGUAUAUAUUUGUUUGUAGAUUCUUUUUAGUGGGUUAAGCCUUCUUUAAAACAAUGAUACUUUAAUAAUUUGCUUAUAUGUCUGUUUUGGGGGGGAAACACUGAAAAAUAAAUCUGGGACUGUGCUGCAGACACUGCCUCUUAGCUAAGUCAA